UCAACACGAGUGGAAGUGGGGGGGGAACUAUUGGCAUGCUUCGUUAUUUCCGCCACCCUUGCUCACUCAAAUUCUCUCCGAACAUCUCUAAACCUCCAAUCCUGUUUUCCUGCAAUUCGUCGCCGCUCUGGCAGUCCCGCAUUCUCUCGACGAUCGCCGAUUAGCUUUCGCCAUUCGAAAUCCUUCAUUUUUUUUACCGUCAUUGUUUGUUCAAUUGGGUCAGAAAUCACAGAAACAUAGGUCGAAAGGGACUCGAUCUUUGUCCCUCGGUGAAAUGUCGUUGGUCCCAAAUUUUGGGUCAUCUCGAGUUGGUGGGCAAUUAUCGGUUCCCUUCGGCACAGAGAAGCGUUUGGGCUUCGGUUCCGUUGCGAGGAUCAAUCGCAAUUUGAAGGUUUCCAGGCCGUCUGAGGAUGGUAUAUACUACAUCUUCCCAUCUUCUCUUAAUUAUUCAAGGAAGGUUGCCAAAGGCCCAAAAGUCCGGAUGAAUUUAAUAGAUGAAAAUCUUGCUCGUGGAAUAGAUUUUGUCAGGCCUUCUGAUAUCCUGGCGUAUGAUCUUGUUCAGGGAGCACAUGUAAGAUGGAGCUAUAUCUUGGACAAGUCAGUAUGUGAUCCACCACCAACAGCUGUUCUCCUUCAUGGCAUUCUAGGUUGCAGGAAGAACUGGGGAACCUUUGCUCGAAGACUGGCACAUGAAUUUCCCACAUGGCAGUUUCUCUUGGUAGACCUGCGGUGCCAUGGUGAUUCAGCAGCAAUCAAGAAGCGGGGUCCCCAUACUGUUGCAUCAACUGCUCUUGACAUCUUAAAGCUUCUUGGGAAGCUUAAACUGACACCUCGAGUGUUAGUUGGUCACAGCUUUGGAGGAAAAGUUGCCUUGAGCAUGGUGGAUCAAGUUGCAAAGCCACUGGCACGACCUGUCAGAGUUUGGGUUUUAGAUGCAACUCCUGGAAAAGUUCGAGCUGGUGGAGAUAAAGAGGAUCAUCCUUUCGAAUUGAUCUCUUUCCUGAGGACAUUGCCCAAGCAGGUUGCUUCAAAGCGGGAUGUGGUGGUUGCACUUGAGAGACAUGGGUUUUCAAAAGAUGUGGCACAGUGGGUGGUAACUAACCUCCGAGAGAGCAGCCCUUCUGGUUCAUCACCGUCAAGUUUCUCAUGGGUGUUUGACCUCAAUGGAAUAGCUGAGAUGUAUCAAUCAUAUGAAGAAACAAGUUUGUGGAAAAUAGUGGAAGAUGUACCUCGAGGUGUGCAUGUUAACUUUUUGAAAGCAGAAAGGAGCUUGCACAGGUGGGCCCUUGAAGAUCUUCAGAGGAUUCACGUUGCCGAGGAGUUAGCUGCUGAUGAGGGAGGUGGAGUUGAAAUGCAUGUGCUUGAAGAUGCUGGCCACUGGGUACAUGCAGAUAACCCUGAUGGUCUCUUCAAGAUUCUCUCUUUCUCGUUUCAGGGUAUAUAUAAAUGAGAACUUCGGUCUCGUCCUUCAGCUUUAGAAAUAACAUACUGCGAAAAUCAAUGUGGUUGCUAGAUUCAGAAAGCACCCAUUCUUGUAUCAAUCGAUAUGGUCAAAUGAGAGCGAGUCUUCAAUAUCUUGUAAUAUUCAGAUUUUAGAUUACAGAAUCAAAUUUGUAUCUUUUCAAAGGUCACACUACUCGCCAUGUGUGAUGGACAGUUAUCAUUCACUCGGUUCUAUUAUGACUCCAGUAUGAGAAGGUCUCUCAGAAAAAAAUUCAGGGGCUACCAACCUUCUCCUUUGUUUCUUAGCUGCUUGGGGCUGUAUUUGUGACUUUUCUAGCGACUCUUAGGCUCCGUUUGUUUGGGCGUAAAAUGUUUUACUAUCUAUUUUCCGGUGUUUGGUUGUAUAAAAAAUGAGGAAAACAUUUUACAUUGUAAAACACUUUACAUCUAAACAAACAGAGCCUGGACAUUCUUGGAUUGUGUCACAAAAAUGUUACUUUUGACCUUGUUUUGAGCAAGUUUUAGCAUGCAGUUUCAUUCUUA